AUGUCCUCUCUUCCGAUCUUGACUCUCACCUCCUUUGUGCUUGCAGGGAUGUGGAACAUGCCUUUGGACAGCCGCUAUGUCACGUUGACUGGGACCAUCACACGAGGGAAGAAAAAGGGUCAGAUGGUGGAUAUUCAUGUCACACUGACAGAGAAGGAGCUGCAGGAACUGACCAAGCCUAAAGAGGCAUCAAGAGAAACGACACCGGAAGGAAGAAGGGUCUGCCAGAUGGGAGCAGACCGCGGACCCCAUGUGGUCCUCUGGACGCUGGUCUGCCUGCCCGUGGUUUUCGUUCUCUCCUUUGUCGUCUCUUUCUACUAUGGCACGAUCACCUGGUACAACAUCUUCCUUGUGUAUAAUGAGGAGAGGACCUUCUGGCACAAGAUCUCAUACUGCCCCUGCCUCAUCCUCUUCUACCCGGUGCUCAUCAUGGCCAUGGCCUCUUCCCUGGGCCUGUAUGCUGCCGUGGUCCAGCUCUCGUGGUCCUGGGGGGCGUGGUGGCAAGCUGCCCGGGACAUGGAGAAAGGCUUCUGUGGCUGGCUCUGCAGCAAGCUGGGUCUGGAGGACUGUUCUCCCUACAGCAUUGUGGAGCUGCUUGAGUCUGACAAUAUUUCCGGCAGCCUCUCCAACAAGGACCCAGCCCAGGAAGUAGAAACCUCCACUGUCUAAACUCCCAACAACUUAUUUCCUUCUCUGGUCCCAGUAGCCUCAUAUAUCAUCUUACAGUUCCAGCGCAUUGUUUCUUUAAAUGACCCCCUAUCUGCCUCAGUUCUUCUGGAAAAUUCUAGCCCAGGUUGAUCUGUCCUACCAUCUCGAGGGUUCCAGGAGGACAAGGAACAGAAAAGCAGUUUGUGCCAAAGCAGUCCAUCCGAUGUACAAACUUUUCUUGUUUUUCUACACUGAAAUGACCAUUUAUCUAGGGGAAGAGAGCUCUGUUGUGUAUCAGUUUGGUGCCUGGAACCCAGGGAGAUAUAUGACUAAAUAUGGCAGAGAGAAUAAAGAGGCUUAGGGGUGACCACACCCACCGAGGUAAUAGAUAGGGGGAUGGAGUGAGACAUUUAGAAAGCUGGGCUUCCACAGUGUAGCAGAGUAUGAGGAUCUUUGUGUGUCGUUUAGAUUUAGAUUUAGCAGCAUAUACUCAAAACCCUAAAAUAUCUGUGGCUUAAACAA